GAAGGCGAUGUGCCGGGACGCGUCGUCAGUCAGUGCUAUUUCCGGGUCUGGCGCAGAGCAAGAUAAAAGGCUCGCGGGCAACUACCAGCUCGAGAGAGUAACCUACAAAGAGCUCCUACCUCCAUUCCGUACCUGUGGUUGUACGUGACAAUGUCUGAACCGGUGUGCAAAGACUGCAUCAGCGGCGUCCGCCAUGAGGGCGUACCCGAAGGGAGAAUCGAGAAGAUUGACGGGGUCGAGUGUUAUGUUGCCACGCCGUCUGGCGAGUAUUCGAGGGACACAGUCGUCCUAUUCUUCCCAGAUGUCUUCGGCCUUCCGCUCAUUAACAACAAACUCCUCGUCGAUGACAUCGCACGCAACGGCUUCUGGUGUGUCAUGCCAGACUAUUUCCAAGGCGACGCGAUCCCAGAGGACGCCAUGCUUCCCGAGAACCGCGACAAGUUCGAUCGCACUGGCUGGGCCUCGCGCCACGGCGAAGAUGCUUGGAAGCCCAUCGUCGACAAGGUCGUUGCUGCGCUCAAGGAGCAGGGCGUCGCGCGUUUCGCGACGACCGGCUACUGCUACGGCGCUCCUCCUGCGUUCUAUCUCGCUUACAGCAACACUAGCCAUGUCACAGUCGUCUCCCACCCGAGUCGGCUCCAAGUCCCCGGCGAUCUGGAGAAAUACCGUUCUGAGUCAAAGGCACCUCUCUUGGUCAAUAGUUGCGAGGUCGAUCCACAGUUCCCUCCUGAAUCCCAGAAGAUUGCAGAUGAAGUCUUUGGCGACGGUAAAUUCGCUCCCGGCUACCGGAGGACGUACUGGGAUGGGUGCACCCACGGAUUUGCGGUCCGGGGUGAUAUGAGCAACCCGAAGGUGAAGACGGGAAAGGAAGGGUCCUUCGAGGCUACAAUCAAGUUCUUCAAGAAGCACCUCUGAGUCUGGGUUUGGUACCUAGACUUAGUAUGUAUGGUACGCAAACAUAGUAGCGAUGUACGCUCUGCGAGUUUAUUAGAUGGCACUGGCAGUCAAUUGCAAUUUGUGGCUAAUACGUAUACUCACUCUGACUCUGUG